GAGGCGAAACUAACAGCAAUGUUUGACCGAGUCAUGGAUGUGUACAAAGGAAAGCACAUUUUCAUAACGGGCGGCACCGGUUUCAUGGGAAAAGUGCUCAUCGAGAAGCUCCUCCGUUCGUGUCCACAAAUAUCUGCGAUUUACCUCUUGGUCAGAGCAAAACGCGGAAAGGAGCCGAAACAGAGGUUGCAGGACUUCAUAAAAACGCCUCUCUUCGCAGCAUUGCAAAACGAUCCCAAAAGCGAUGAGCUCUUCGGCAAGUUGCAUUGCAUGGAAGGAGAUCUGAUGCUGGAGAAUCUGAACCUAUCCAACGAUGAUUACCAGUUGCUUUGCGAGAACGUCGACGUCGUCUUCCACAUGGCAGCGAACGUUCGCUUCGAUCAACCACUUAAAACUGCCCUCAAUCUGAACACGGGAGGGACGUUGCGCUGCCUUCAGAUGGCCUCCAAUUUGCGUAAUCUGAAAGCCUUCGUGCACGUCUCCACUUCCUACUGCCAUUGCGAUCAGACCGUACUUGAGGAAAAAGUCUACAAAGCGCCGCACGAUCCAAGGAGAAUGCUCGAUUUGGUAUCGUGGAUGGAUGAGGAACUUAUAGAAUUGUUAGCACCUAAACUCUUGCAGAAUUCCCCGAACACCUACGCCUAUACUAAGUGUUUGACGGAGCAAUUGGUUUCUGAGUAUGCGAAGAUCUUACCGAUCGCUAUUGCUAGACCUAGUAUAGUUACUGCGUGCUUCAAAGAUCCGAUUCCUGGUUGGGUGGAUAACUUCAAUGGACCGACUGGUUUAUUGAUCGGCGCUGGGAAAGGCGUAAUAAGGACAAUGCAUUGCGAUCCCAAUUUACCCACUGAUUUGAUCCCCGUUGACAUGGCAAUAAAUGGCCUCAUACUCAUCGCCAAGGAGCUGCUGGAAAAUAGACCAAUUAAUCAGGAGCCCCUUGUAAUCCAUCUAACUUCCGGAAAGGAUAAUCAAAUUACGUGGGGAGAUGCAGUGGAAACGGGCAGAAAACACUUCUACGAAAACCCGUUCAGCGUGUGCCUUUGGUACCCCGGAGGAAGCAUAAAAUCCAACUAUAUCCUCCACAUGAUCUGCGUAUUGUUAUUCCACAUGAUCCCUGCAUAUUUCGUCGAUUUUAUACUCAUCUUAACACGCGGAAAACCAUUCUUGGUGCGAACUCAGAAGCGUAUCCAGAGCGGUUUGGAGAUUUUACAAUAUUACACGGUGAGACCUUGGUACUUCAAGAACGAAGGUCUGAAACGGUUGUCUGGUAAAUUGAGCACCAAAGAUCGAGCCGAGUUCUACGUGGAUUUCUUCGAGAUCGAUUGGGACAAAUACAUUCUUAAUUCGGUCCUCGGUGCUAGACUGUUCUGCGUCAAAGAGACCAUCGAUACUCUACCCAAGGCUAGAAAACUGCUGAAAAGAUUGUAUUACUUGGAUAUGACGAAGAAUUUCGUGCUUCUCGCUCUAGUCGUAUGGUUUCUAGCAUCAUGGUCGUCGUGGAUAAUCAAGUAUACUGAACUUGUUAAUAUUUUUUGA